AUGAUUGAAACAUACUCCUUCACCAUACCCUCACUCCAGGAUGACCUGCCGCUGGACUGCCGGAUCUAUCAUCCUGAGCACUUGCAGAGUUCGAUUGACGGACGGGGUGGUGCCAUUAUAGCCCAUCCGUACGCACCCCUAGGUGGCUCACAGAACGACCAUGUGGUACUAGCAUUGACUCAAUGCCUCCUGGAAGCUGGUCAUAUCGUGGUCACCUUCAACUUUAGAGGAGCCGGCGGUUCUGCAGGGAAUAGCAGCUGGACGGGUCAUGGCGAGACACAAGACUACAUUUCGGUGUUUGGGCUGCUGGUAUACUAUCUGCACCAUUUGAACUCGAGCUCUUCCAAAGAUGAGCGGGCUGCGCUCUCCCCGGUACUUUCAAUCAGACAGCCCGGAUUCAGCGAGGAGGUGCCCUUCGAGGCGUCAGAACCAAUCUCAAGGCCUAUGAACAUACUGCUUGGUGGCUACUCCUUCGGCUCCCUGAUUCUGGUCCGACUUCCAUCUAUUGCAACCAUGAUCAACACCUUCGAGACAGCAGAACGAGGCACAGCCGGAGCCGAGAUUUUCCUUCGAGCUCGGGCGUUGGCAAGGCAGACACAACGUUUACUGCAAGAAUCGCAACCGCCUGCUACGCCGAGCUCCCGCAAGCACACGCCUUCUCAUCGUCACUCAAGAUCCUCUCCAAUCACAAUUGGUGGUGAGGAAACCGAUCCUUCAAAACGGAGGCGAAGCAAAUCUUCUCGCCGCCGUUCCAUGAGCUCUGUCCGCGACAUGCCGCAGCGCAUCAGGUCACAGAUCCGCCGGAACAGUGGCAGCAGUCAUCAUCAACGGGACGACGCUCAAGAUCAUCAAUCCCCUGGCACGCGUCAAAUUGCACCCAGAGUCAAGGUGCGAUAUUUGUUGGUAUCGCCCGUGCUAUUUCCACUUUCAACAGUACUAUUGCCGCCAGGCCUUGCUCUCUCCCGAGCCAAGGCAACGGAUGCCAAUGUCGGGGUGUUAUCAUUGAAGAGCCCAACAUUUGUCGCUUUUGGCGAUUCGGAUCACUUCACUUCGGCGAAGAAGUUGCGGCAAUGGUCAGAGAGACUCGCGGCUGGAUCUGCAGGUCGUUGGAAAUGGAUUCAGGUUGAUGGUGCAGGGCACUUCUGGCGCGAAGACGGGGCAGCUGCCAGACUUGAAGCUGAGCUGGUGAAAUGGAUGCAAACUGAUCUCUCCUGA